UCAGCGCCGCCCGAGGCCCGCACGCUUCCCCACGGCCGCGCCGCAGGCCGCCGAGUGGGCGCUGGUCUCCGGGGACCGCGGCCCUCCUCCUGCCUCCGCAGCACGAGCCCCGAGGGCCAGCCAGCCAGAAAACCCACUCCUCGGGCCGCUCCUUCCCAAGCCAGGGGAAGCUUUGCCUGAAGAUCCGCUGUCAGGCUCCCCAGCUCCUGCCGAAUCGGAAGUCGAGGGGGGUUGAGUUGAUCCGACAGCUCCGCUUGCUCCUUGCUUUGGUUCCUUCCUACCGUGCUUAAGCAUGAUACUCUUGGGCUUUAGGUACAUCAGUUCUCAUUAUGCAUCAGAAAAAUGAAAAAGCAGAAGAAAAUUCUAUGGAAAAAGGGAAUUCACUUAGCUUUUUCUGAGAAAUGGAAUACUGGGUUUGGAAGCUUUAAGAAGUUCUAUUUUCCUCAAAACUUGUGCUUUCUGAAAGCUAAGGUGGGAAGGCCAGUUGUUUGGGGUGGACAAUUGAAGCAUUUCCAGUGUGGUAAGAAGGCUCUUCACAUCCAGAAAUCGUGGAUCCGGGAUGUCCCGCCUUGUGCAAGGGCGGGGUCUGGAGGGGCCACUCACAGUGGUAGUACUUUGUAUGCCAAAGUGAAAAGAAAGGACCCCAAGCACUUGGCUUCUUCCUCCAGCCGUCUCCUGAGACACCCAGCAGAUAAGGUACUGUCGUCAGCAAAGACCUCGGACCAUGAGUACUGCAGAGAGGAAAGUCUCCUGAAGGCAGUUACUGGCCUCUCAGCAAGUACUGUCUUGGGUAAGGCCAGUGGACACAAACCUCGGACAGGCGCACAAGCGUCCGACUUUCCCAUGAAGUUCAAUGGGGAGAGCCAGAGUCCAGGGGAGAGUGGCGAGAUUGUGGUCUUGAACAAACAUAGAAAACGCAUUUGCUACGGCUGCUACCAAGGGCUAGAGCACCACAGGAAUGGGAAACCAUUGAUUCCAAAAAAGUUCCAACUUAAUCAACAUCGAAGAGUCAAAGUGUCUCUUAUGAUGUAUGAGAAAUUAUCCAUGAUUAGAUUUCGGUAUAGGGUUUUGAGAUCCCAGCACUUCAGAACGAAAAACAGAGUUUGCAAGCUAAGAAAAGCCCAGCGAAGCUGGGUGCAGAAGGUCACUGGGGACCAUCAAGAGAACCUUAGGGGUAACACUGAGGGUGGCAGCAGUUGCAGCCCAGUCCCUUCCCCAGAAGCUAAAGACCCUUGUCAGUGCCAGCCAUACUUUGCAGACAUGGACGCCAGUGUUGCGGUGAAGGGGAAGAACUCCCAUGUGCCUGAUGGCCACACUAAAGAAAGCCCUUUCUUGGACAAGGAGCACAGUUUAGAUGAAGCAUUCCCUGACCAACAGAAUGGCAGUGCCACAUACGCCUGGGACCAGUCCCCCUCUUCUCCUCAGUGGGGGUGCACAGAGCAAGUUCCUGAAACCCCUCCAACCGAGCUUCCUUCUAGCACCCAGUUCCCUCCGGAAACGGGCAGAGUGAAUCUGACUCUGGGUCGGGAAGGUGGGACAAGCGCUGGCGGUGACAACAGAGGCGUGCUGUCCGUGUCUGGAGCAGACGCGUCUGUGAGCCGUGUCGAUGGGCCUGUGUCUGAAGAGCCUGCUCAGAGUGAGAACUGCCAGAUGGAGGAGGAUGGAUCUCUCAAGCAGAACAUUCUUAGUUCUGAGCUGCUGGACCACCCCUACUGUAAAAGCCCUCUGGACGCUCCCGCGGUGUGCAGUGAACUCAGAGUAGAGAGCCAAGUGGCGGGUGGCAAGAGCAGCCAGAAGGCUUCUCCAGUGGAUGACGAGCAGCUCUCCACCUGCCUUUCGGGAUUCCUAGAUGAGGUUAUGAAAAAGUAUGGAAGUUUGGUCCCACUCAGUGAAAAAGAUGUCCUUGGGAGAUUAAAAGAUGUCUUUAAUGAAGACUUUUCUAAUAGAAAACCAUUUAUCAAUAGAGAAAUAACUAACUACCGGGCCAGACAUCAGAAGUGCAACUUCCGGAUCUUCUACAAUAAGCACAUGCUAGACAUGGAUGAUCUGGUGACCCUGGAUGGUCAGAAUUGGUUGAAUGACCAGGUUAUUAAUAUGUAUGGUGAGCUGAUAAUGGAUGCCGUCCCAGACAAAGUCCACUUCUUCAACAGCUUUUUUCAUCGACAGCUGGUAACCAAAGGCUAUAACGGAGUUAAGAGAUGGACUAAAAAGGUGGAUUUGUUUAAAAAGAGCCUUCUGUUGAUUCCUAUCCACCUGGAAGUCCACUGGUCUCUCAUCACUGUGACACUCUCCAAUCGAAUUAUUUCAUUUUAUGAUUCCCAAGGCAUUCAUUUUAAAUUUUGUGUAGAGAAUAUAAGGAAGUAUUUGCUGACUGAAGCCAGAGAAAAAAACAGACCUGAAUUUCUGCAGGGUUGGCAGACUGCUGUUACAAAGUGUAUUCCACAACAGAAAAAUGACAGUGACUGUGGAGUCUUUGUGCUCCAGUACUGCAAGUGCCUCGCCUUAGAGCAGCCUUUCCAGUUUUCCCAAGAAGACAUGCCUCGAGUGCGGAAGAGAAUCUAUAAAGAGCUGUGUGAGUGCCGGCUCCUGGACUGAGGCUCAGCAGGGACUCCGCAAGGCUGGCCGUGUUGGAGCAGAGAGCUUGUUACUUGAAUCUCCAGACACUUACUGAACUUUUCCAGAUCUUUCGGAUUGGUGGUAUCGGGCCACUGUUGUUACCUCAAGUUUAUUUUUGCCCUCCUUCAUUUCUCCUGCUAUCAUGUACUUUUUUAAUGUUCAGUUUAGUUUCAUUUUAACUUUAUGGAUUCCAUACAUCCCUCCCAUAUUUAAUAUUUAUUAUCCAAACGCAUGCGUAUAGACAGAGCAUGCAGUAAAGAGUAUUAAAAAAAAAGCCUAGUAGAUUUGGUGCAGCUUUUGAAACAUAGUUAGAUGUGAACUGAAUACAGGUUUAAAAUUUAACCCCAGAACUUAAAACUGCAGGAUGUUUUUGAUGCAGUGUAGCUCAGAAUAGAUGUUCCCUGUGGCAUAAAGGGGAGCUCGGAGUGGUUGUGAAAAAGCCAGUCACGUUUUACUUAUCCCAGCAGCACUUUGCCUGAUGUCCCUCAGACGAGUCUCUGAGCAUGAGAUGCAUUCCUUUCGAGGGCGAGAGGGGCUGGUCUGCUUAGGGACGCAGUGCUUGCAAGCGCAGUGCUGAUUUGAGAAGAGUUAAGGUAUGAGAGGGGAAAAAGCGUCCUUGAAGGCCAGUUAACUUAAAGGUUUCUUUCGUUUUGUUGUUUUGAGACAAGGUCUCACUAUGUAGCCCAAGCUGUCCUGGAACUCACAGUAGCUAGGCUGGACUCAAACUCAAGCUAAUCCUGUCUCUGUCUCCCCAGGGCUGGUAAUAUAGGUACAUACCAAUACACUCUACAAUAAGAUUUCCAUUUUGGUCUUAAGGAUUAAAAUACAUGGAUUAAAUCUCAUAAAGGCUUUUCUUGGGACACUGAAUUUUCUUGGAUUUUUUUCCUGGGCUUGACUUGUGGAAAAAAAAAACAAAAUCCUUAGCAUCCAUCAAACUCAUAAAUGAGAAUUUGGCUUUUCAUAGAAGUAAUUUGCUAGUCCCACUUGUCUUUGUUGCCUCUCACGCACACACUCCAGGGUAUUUAAGAAUUACGGGAAUGGCUCUGCUUGAAGGUAUCUGAAAUAUGAGCAUCACAGUAGAAGACUGGCCAAGUUCUUCUGCAGAUGGUGGGAGGAGAGAGGGGUGACACGGAGGAGGUCUCUGGGGAGAGAGCACACGAGGAAUGUUUUCCUCCAUCUUCUCUGGUGGCCCAGCAGCUUGAGGGGUCUUUAGCUUCUGCAAGAGCAGUCUGAAUCCUGUACUUAAGAACUCCCUGUUUAUUUAACUCCAUCCCCUGGGGACAGCUGUAGAGUAGCCUGUUCUGUGGACUAGGAAGAAAGUGGUAGACCCUGCAUCUUUAAUCUGGUCUUUUGUGACACGUUUUCAAGAAAAGAAGUAAGAUGCAGAUUAAGCCUAACCAGUCAGUUUUUUUCCGAAUUGAAGGAGGGAGAGCAAUAAAUUUGUGCAGAAAACUACAAGUAAAUGGCAGAAGGUGAGUGCCUCGUUAGGCGUGAGCUGUUUGAAAACCAGAACGGGAAAUGGCUGAGCAGGGCUUGCUGCCGCAGGUGAGGGCUGGAUCAAACUGCAGUUUGCUGCACGAUUCCCUGCCGCAGCAUGGACACUGGGCAGCGGCCCUGGCCCUCUCCUCUCUGUCAUCCAGACUCCAAAGUCCUUCGCAUAGAACCAGGCAGUGUUGUGCUUCAGGCUAUUAAAGAGCCUGAGAGUAGAGGUCAUUGUCACAGGUAAGGUGGUCACCACUUGGGAAGAUGAAGUUAGAUGGGGGAGGUGUCUCUUCCAUUCCUGUAGUACUGGGGAUCGAACCCAGGGUUGUCUGUCUGUAUGCUAGGCAGGUGCUCUACCACUGAGCUACCUACCACCUUAGCCCUCUUUGAGCUUUUGUAUUUUGAGACAUGGUCUCAUGAAGUCCUCAUUGGUUUUGAAUUCACCCUGUGCCUGAGCCUGGCCUUGUUUACACUCCUGACACCUGAGUAGCUAGAAUUACAGGCCAGCCCUGCAGGCCAGACUGCUUGAAGAUCUCUUAGGGAAGGGGCUUGGGAAACAGGGUCUCAAUGUCAGGCUAGCCUCAAACUCAUUACGUAGCUGAAGAUGACCUCGAAUUCCCAGUUCUCUCUCGGUGCUAGGAUUAGAGAUUUGUGUCACCGUGCCCAGCUAAAGAUGUGGUCUUAAGACUUUCAGACAUAAUCACACCAACAUGAGCAUCUUCAAAAUGUAUACCCGAGAUACAGCAUGGGUUUUUGCUGCUGUGCCUAUCCUGAAAUAGCCAGCAAUGAGGUGACAUACUCGGUGUCUUGAGUGAGGAAGUAUCUAUCUCACUUCCCCAAUAACAGACCCAUCAGGAGAAGUUACAGUUGUAUUCCUUUGAGAAUCUUGUUGAAACAGGGUCUUUGUUUAGCCCAGGCUGGCCUUAAAUUUACAGUCCUUCCGCCUCAGCCUCCCUGAUGUUUGGAUUACAUGGGUGCACUAGCAUUUUCAAUCCUGGAGAAUCUUAAUGUCCAGAGCCUGAGUUGCCUCUUCUCCCGACUGAGAAAUGGUCAUGUCAGCACUGAGGCAUGCAGGAACUCAGCCGUCCAGGUCCAGUUACUCUUCCCUUCUAAAGGAUAGGGCACUGUCAAGUGUUCUGCUCAGCUUGCUUUGGCCUAAAUGCUGGAUGUUUUGAGUAUGUUCUAAGUCUUUCUGUCAUUAGUGAGACUUGGUUUCAGAAUACAUAGUUGCUCUUUCUCUUUUUGCGACUACAUGUAAAUUUCUGUUUAGCUUUCAAGUCCUAGGUUGUAAUUUUUUUGUCUUGAUGUUUGCAGGAAUGCUUUCUGUCACUGGCUUGGCACCGAACUGUUGAUCCCAUAAAGUAGGCAGACUGUGUCACUGGGAUGAAUGUAAACCCUGCACAGACUUAGAGCUAUUCAUGUAGAUAGGAUGAGUCUUCAAUAAGCUGCCCAGUCCUCACGGCAAACUUACCUGGCUGUAGUUGCUUCUGUCCAGUGGUCUUUCCUUUUGUUAAAUUUCUAGUAAUGAAUAUAGGUUUAAUUCAUCUUUUAGUUUCCGUAGGCAUCAUGAGAAUUAACUUUCAGUUGGCUGCUCAAGGAAGAGCAGAGCAGUUGCUGCCAAUAACUUCACAGUGCGGUUUGACUUUGCACUGUACUCUGUUUACUAUUGAAUAUGAAUAACAUGGUCAUCUUGAAUUGAUCGUUGGAAUACGACAACAGACCUAACUGGGGACACAGCCAGUACUUGCCUAAUGUGAGUUAUCCCUUUUCUCUGCAGUUGUGGUAAACUGCUUCGUCCAUGCAUUAGAAGCAAUCGGGGGUCUGAGUGGGUCAGGGUCAGAAACAGUGAAUUCAUACUGUGCUUUAAAUACACUGAUUAUCUGCUCUGCUUCAUUGUUAAGAGACCAGGUUAAUCAACAGUUAUACAGCACAUGCUUCUGCUGUGUGCUAGGCUCUGCCUCCUGGCUGGUAGAUAUCUAAGAUCUGGGGAAUAGCAUCUAAGAAGUGCUAUUGUACUUGGGGUUACAAAAGCAGGCCUAGACAAGUUGUUCACUUGAAAGAUUAUGAUCAUGUAAAAUUACAGUCAGUACUCAACCCUUCUAGCAAACUAUUUUUUUGAAAAAUAAACUAAAUGCCUUUAUAAA